AUGCGUAAGCACCGACAGGUAAUUCAUGCGGCGAUGAUUCAUCUGUGAUGUCACAUGUAAACACGAUGAAUUUUUCCGAUAGCGUCCAUAAGUUAACUUUUAAAAGUUGAAACUUUUACUGCACGAGUUCAAAACAGUGCUACCAAUUCAUUAUUCAUAUCGUGCAUUGGAGGUAUCAAAUGUAUUGUGGUAGACAUUCACAUCCAAUCACUCUUGAGCAGACGAAUAUGUACUGCUUGACAGACGCAACGAUAACCCCAAACGAGAGUUAUCCCCCUUUUCUUGUUUUGUCUCUCAGCUGUCGGAAGAUCGGCAUACCUGAACAAGUUUGACCCCCACAGAGAUAUAAGUACAACAAUGAGUGGUGUCAGUUAGCAAGAUGGCCCUGGAUUGUGUGAUGCUGACGAACCACCGUCCACGGCGUCAGCUUAUCACCCCGGCAACCACUGACCAAAAGUUCCUGGCUGCGAUCAAACACGAACCUGUUUCCACAGUUGUGCAGCUUCUAACAAAGGAUGUUGAUAUUAAUGGCAGGGGAGACAACUGCUGGACACCUCUCACCCUUGCUUGUCGUCUCGGGAGAAGAAGUGUUGUUAAUAUUCUGCUUGAAACACAGUCAGAGGAUGACAUCUGCGCCCAAGCAAGAUCCCGCCAAGCUACAUGUGAUGUCAACAAAAGCAAUGACAACGGGGACACGCCCCUCAUCUGUGCAGCCAGGGAGGGUCACACUGAUGUAGUUGAGGUCCUCCUUCAGGCAGGGGCUGACCCAAACCUUCCCAAUCAGUACAGCAGCUUGACCCCUCUUCUUGUUGCUAUUGAUAACAGUCACAUUGAGACGGUGGUGUCUCUUUUGUCAUACGAGGCUGAUGUUCAGCUUACAGACAAUGUGAAAUUAACGCCAUUGUAUAUGGCCAUCAAGGUGAAGGACUGUGAUAUACGUGACAUGAUAACUCAGCGGCUAAUAGAAGCAGGCUGUGAUGUGAAUAUUGGAAGUCAAGACCAUGCCCCCAUCUUCCUGGCGGCCAGACUGGGAUACCUGUCUACUGUGGAGAUAUUGUGUGAAGCUGGUAGUGAUGUUAAUGUAUCCAACAAGUAUGGUGUCACCCCUCUGUAUGAAGCCGCAAUGAAAGGACACAAUGAAGUCGUGAGGUACCUGUUGUCUCAGGGAUGUGAACUCAACAAACAGGAUAUGUACGGUGUUGGACCCCUACAUGUGGCGUCAGUCUUCAACAACGCAGAGGCGGUCAAUAUGCUCAUCACAGCGGGCGCCAGCAUCAAGCAGCGUGACCAGAGCGGCAGGUGUGCUGUACAUGCGGCGAUGGAGCAGGGCUUUGCAGACGUUGUGGAAGUCUUCUUGCGUCAUGGUGUGGACAUCACACAAGCCCCUACCAGUGUCAGAAAUGAAACUUCGUUAACACGAUACGACUGGGACCAUCAAUAUACCUUCGACUUGUCCUGGUUUCAGCACGAACUCUCUUCCUUAAACAAGCUGUUUGAACAUGGCCACAGAGCUGUGAUCUGCAUCCUGUUACGAGGCUGCACCCAGCUCCCUCUGUUCAGGUGUCAGGCUGCGUUAAACAUCUUCAGAUCCGACCUUGACCUCGUGGAGCUGUUACUUGUGUCUGGCCUGAGAGGAACUGCAAGCGUGUUCUUGAUGUCACAGCAUCCAUCCCAGCAUCUACUGGACCCCCAUGUUGCAGCAUGGCUUGACCAGUUCCACAGAACCCCCCAGUCUUUGCAGAACCUCUCCCGUAUAAAGGUGCGCAGGUGUCUGGGAAACAAAGUCCUUCACCUAGUUCCACAAUUGCCACUUCCAAAGAGGUUGAUAGAGUUUUUAACCCUUUCACCUACUUGAGGCACAAUAUGUGUAAACAAAACACAUGUGUUAUCCCAGUGAUGUUUUAUUGUAUUUAGUCUGACCUUAACCGAAACCUGGUGAUGUUAUAUCCUGUCCACACCCUCUGUGAUUACUAGGAUUACUCUAGGAUGGCUUUGGGGUUGACAGGCUUAGUCCUACAUGAAUGACUAUAUGCUGUGCAUGGAAGUCAUGCUCUGAAACUCUCCACACCCUUGGAUUACAGUUUAUGGAAAAUCACAGCUAGGAAACUAUGGAAAAGUUUGAUGGAUUCAUUACAGCUAACCUUUCAGGGUGUGUGGAAGAUUCCCAUUGCAGAUUACCAAUCUACUGUGCUGCGUUUCAUGAGUGCAAAAUAUGCAGCUUUGAAAUUUAGUGCCAAGUUUGCUUCUGAUACUGAAUGGUCAUCAGUUUUCUGCAAGUGGUUUUCAAACCAUGUUGGAGAGAGUACUGCGUUACUGGCAUGUGUUUAGUACUUGUUAUUUCAUAUUUAUUGUAUCAUUACACUUUUACUAAUUGCAUAAUUUUAUGUCUAAAAUCUUUGAAUUCCAAAAUAUAUUCAGUUUCUUUCUGAAGCAUUAAAUAUGAUUUUUGCUUUUUGGCAUAAAGAAGUGGUAAGUUAUUUUAUAGUGAACAUCUGCAUUUGAUGUAGUGAUCAACUUCAUUUCAUUUAAGCAUUAACUGUGUUUUGUUUCUGGUGAAUCCGAAACUGGUGUUCAAACUGUAUGAAUCUGCAUGUAUUCACAUGUCUUCAUAGUGUAAAGACACUCGGACUAGGGGGACAUUGACUAAUAAUAAUGAAUAAUAAUGUGUCCAAUUUAUAUAGCGCCAAACUCCACGCGUAGUAUGCUCAUAGCACUGACUAUGACAGUCUGCUCAAAGCACAGCACAUUAUUACCCCAGAUAACCCAAGCUGCCUGUUAGGCACUAGAGGUUAUAGUCACAUAACUUAUCCCACUGAGUAUCCAUUUUUCUAGAAGGUUAUGGUCACAUAACCUAUCCCACUGAGUAUCCAUUUUUCUAGAAGGUUAUAGUCACAUAACUUAUCCCACUGAGUAUCCAUUUUUCUAGAAGGUUAUAGUCACAUAACUUAUCCCACUGAGUAUCCAUUUUUCUAGAAGGUUAUAGUCACAUAA